AUGAUCACUAUAGUUCUCGAUAAUUGUCAUAGCUCUCGUAAUUCUCAAGAUUUUGAUCUUCGUGAUGAACUUCCACAUAAUGAUACGAUGAUCUCUGUCAUAUUUCACAUAAUUCUCGAUAUUGUGGUCAUUCAAUAUUUCAGAA